UGCUGAAACCUUGGGGGGGGAUAUUUUUCUCUGGAUAUUUUAUCUAUAUAGUUAGAUUUGUUUCCUGGAUUUCAAGCAAUUUCGCCGAUUCUAAACUCACCUCCAGCCAUGGAGAAUAAUUGCAACAGAGCCAGAACGAUCGAUCCGUUCCUUCUACAGUACCAGCCCUCCGAACUCAGAAUUGCCUCCGAAUUUCUCGCCACAUGGCAACCUUACCUAUGCAGAGAUCUUUGUCACCACUGCACUGAAAUCAUCUCCGAUCGUAUCCGUUCUCUCGACGCAGAAAUUGACAAUGGCAAAUUGGAAUGCUUAAAUUUGGACGAGAAUGAAGCUUGUUCAAGUCUGGAUAUUAUGGAGCCUCAAAACAUAAAUGAUAAGUGCGACACAAAUUCUCGUGGAAGUUGGAAAGACACUGCAGAAAUUAGUUCACUGGCUAGUUGGAAAGAUGGGACAAACGGGUGUUCUGAACAUAAUCCAAAAGCUUCAACAACUGGUGGAUUAACCUCUGAUUCACCAACUCCUCGUAUGUCUUGGGCUGACAUGGCUCAAGAAGACGAGCUUGAGGAAGGAGAAGAACAACGUGAAUUGGAUGAACCGAUGGUUGAUAUUAAUAUUUCGUCUGGGGAAUUGAGGAGUUCAGAAGUUCUUCAGAAGCCCCAGUUGUCUAGGGAACAGAGAGAGUACAUUCGGUUUAUGAAUGUAAAGAGGAAGAAGGAUUUCAUUUGUUUGGAGAAGAUUAAAGGGAAAAUAUGUAAUAUUUUGGCGGGACUUGAGCUCCAUAUGGGUGUCUUUAGUUCUGCCGAACAGAAGAGGAUUGUUGACUAUGUUUAUGAACUUCAGGAGAUGGGGAAAAAGAGAGAACUGAAAGAGCGAACAUACACAGCACCACAAAAGUGGAUGAGAGGCAAAGGGCGUGUCACUAUUCAAUUUGGUUGCUGUUAUAAUUAUGCGAAAGAUAAAAAUGGUAAUCCACCAGGCAUUCUCCAAGAUGACGUUGUAGAUCCUCUACCUCAUUUAUUUAAGGUGAUCAUUAGAAGGCUGGUCCGGUGGCAUGUACUUCCUCCUACCUGUGUGCCCGAUAGCUGUAUUGUCAACAUUUAUGAAGAAGGGGAUUGCAUACCACCUCACAUUGAUAACCAUGAUUUUGUUCGACCUUUUUGUACAGUAUCAUUUCUUAGUGAGUGUAAUAUUCUUUUCGGAUCAAACUUAAAGGUUGCAGGUGCUGGUGAGUUUACUGGUUCAAUUGCAAUCCGCUUGCCUGUGGGAUCUGUUCUUGUCAUAAACGGAAAUGCGGCUGAUGUGGCUAAGCAUUGUGUGCCUGCAGUUCCCACAAAGAGGAUAUCAAUUACAUUCAGAAAAAUGGAUGAAUCAAAACAACCUCUUGGGUUUGCUCCAGAACCAGAUUUGCAGGGAAUUGAACCAUUGUCUUAUGACAUGGAGAAAACUAAAAGUUUAAAUCCCCCUACAUCUGACUCCCAUAUGAAAAGGCAGCUAGGAAGCGAUGGUAAUGAGAGGGGAAGGGAACAUGCGGAGAGAAGUCAUGUCCAUUCAGAACCUCAAUACUUUAGUCGAUCUCGAAGACGGCCUGCAAAUAAACAGAGGGUGAGGCUGAGCCUGGGCAGCUGAUGCAUUCUUAUUAACAUGUGUUGGUUUAGCCCUGUUUGGGCGAAUAUUGGUUGUGGAUGUUUGGCUUCUUUCGGUUGCUAUGAAGGUUCAUUUCAGAUGCAGAAAUAGGUGUGCAUGGUUAGUAUUAUUCCUUGAGUACCCUGCUUGUGCUGGUGUAUUGCCACCGCAUGUACUGUAUUAGGAUUAAUUUACGAAGAAUGUUAUACUCACAACCUCUUCUUACAAACUUUCUCUCACAACUUCGACAUGGCAGCUCGUUGGUCAACCAUAAUUUAUUAGGUGAGACCCAGGUAAGAUCCAUUACGAACUGACCAAUUGUGAGCUGUCAUGUCGGGAUUGUGAGAGAAAGUUUGUGAGAAGAGAUUGUGGAUGUAGCAUUUUUCUUAAUUUGUUGUGUAUUGAUCAUUUAAAUUAAUUAAAUUUGAUAUAAAUUUUUAUAUAUAAAAAAUUUUGUGUGCUUAUUUUAGCUCUCUCCUAGAAAUAGAAUUAAGGUACCACCAUCACAGAAUCAAGAAU